CCCCCCCUCCCCGGUGGAGAGGCAGCACUGUGCGCUCGGCUGCGCUGCGCCGGAGGAAGCAAAGCGCGGAGAAGAAGAGUUCACAAAAAACUCACAGCGGAUUGUCUGGAUCUUGAUCUGUUUUCCUGCAGCGUGUCACUUCGGUGUGGACUGAGGGGGAAAAGGCAACAAACACCGCAGGGCUGCACCUGGGGCCCAAACCCCAACGCUGCAGCAUUAUGGGCAACUUCUCCAGCAAGGAAGGCCAUGGACCCACAGGGGCCCAUGGGGAGAGUUUCCACACUCCUCCUACUUCUCCGCAAAAUGACCUUCCUGCCGUCCCCCAACUCCUCCACGCCACCACGCCUCAUUCCUCCCUCGCUGCCCCACUUUCACCUCCACCUCCAGUCCCAGUCAUCACACCAAUCAGGAAGAAAUCUCAUCCCACCACCACCACGCCGACCACUCCCAGCAAAUUCAUUCCCGCUCCUAAUUGGAAGCCUCACCCGUCGGUCAGCUCAAACAGCCCAGCCACUGGCCCUGGAACCAGCCCGGUGCACAAUAACAAGCCUGGAGCUGCUGUGGGAAGGAACGGGGGUCCUCCUACCUCUACGCCUCGGACUCCGUCCUCCCAGGGGAAGACUGUGGUUUUCAGCCCCACAAAAAGCCCAUCUUCUCCGUGUAGUGCCUCACCUGUGGUGGGCAGUUCCUCAGGACUGACCUGGAGGGAAAGGGACAGUGGUCUGAGUCAGUCUUUAAUGCUGGGUCAUGAAUCUGGGGACGCCCCGGCUGAGGAAAGGGGAAAGCUGCUGGAGGAGUGUCAUACAUCACUGGGUAUCACCGACAGUCACGAUCGGGCCACGGACACAGAUGAGAUACUGAGGCAGCUCCUGGCAGAAGUGAAGACUUUGAAGAGCACUUUGCAGACAGAGCGUGGGGAGUGGCUGCAGUUCCAGGCUGACCUCCAGGUGGCGGUGUCAGUGGCCGACCGCCUGCGAGCAGAGGCAGAGGAGGAGCUGACGGCUCUCCGGACGGCACACAAAGAUGUUGAGAGGGAGCUGGCUGCUGCCCAGCAGAGGCAAAAAGAGGCUGAUACGCAACUUGUCACCCUGAGGGGGGAGGUGAAGGAGAGCAGGCAGAGACUGGCAAUGGUCAACCAGGCUCAAGGUAAAAGUGAGGCCCGGGCUCCGUGUCCGGUCCCAGAGAGGCCCAACGCAGACCCAACCGUCACUUUUGAGAGCAGAGAAGGAACCCAGAGGGGCACGGAGAGGACGUCGUACAGGCUGGGACGAGAAGGGAUGGAGAGACGGAGCGAGAAGGACCUGACCAAGAAUGUCGUAAGCGAGGAUGCGAAAACGGACUGUAAGGGCGUGGCUAAACGUUACCUGAGGAAUGUGACCAAUGAGGAGAGGAGGGGAGAGGAGGUGCGAUCAACAGAGACACGACGGACGAUAACCACCGAAAGAUCAAGAAGCCUGUCCAGGUUACCUGCCUCGUCGGACCUCACCAUGCAGAAUGGAACAUCCCAGUCCAAUAGCGCCACAACAAACUCAGGGCAAAUAAGGGGCCGAAAAACUCUGGAUACGCAAGAUGGCAAGUCGAGCACUGACAUAGGGAAACGUGAGGAAUCUCUAAACAAGUACAACUCUGCCCUCACCGAGUUACCUCCCACCAAGUCCCAGGAUGGUUUCAACCUGCUGCUGCGUCGCCAUGGAGGCUCCAAGAGAAACUCGCUGCUCCGUUGGUGUCAGAGCCAAACCCAGGGCUACAAGAAUAUUGACAUCACCAACUUCAGCAGCAGCUGGGCCGACGGCCUUGCCUUCUGCGCCGUCUACCACACCUACCUCCCCUCACACGUCCCCUACAGCAGCCUCACUCCAGAGAACAAAAGGGAGAACCUCGGUCUGGCAUUCAAAACAGGAGAGAGUGUUGGGAUCGCACAAACCCUGACAGUCGAGGAGAUGCUGAGAGCAGGGGGUCCUGACUGGCAGAGGGUGCUGAGCUACGUGGAGAGCAUGUACCGUCACUUUGAGAUGUGACUGCUGACAGAGGUACUGACGGGACACAGCAAAGGAAACUCAUCAUGUUGUUGUGACGACGUCUCCAUCAUUUCUGUCAGGAAACUGGAGAAACAGUUCUGUAUGAAAAAUUGAAUAUUGCUUGACAUGCAGUGCAGGAUUUCUUAGAAAACUCCAAUAUCUAUGACUCAAAGCCGUCGCAACCAAAGGAUAUAAAACGCUGACGUCAGCUUUUCCCACAAGGGUCGUUUCCUUUCAUAUUUAAUGUGACUUUACAAAUGCCGGCUCAGUCAGGAAUGAGGGUGUAGAAGAUUCCAGCACAUUGGAUUUCAAAUAUUUACUGAAUAAGUGAGUUUACAUACAAUCUAAACAUCUCACAGCUAAGCAGAUGUGUUAGCAACACAUGAGGAAGAUCCUUGUUUUGUCAUUUUGCUAAAAACUUAUUUGAUCAGUAAAUUUGGGAAAUAAUAUGUGCUAUAUAGGUACCUGAUAAAGGCUUAAUCUUGAAAAUCUAACAGAUAAAAAAUUAUAUUUAAGAAAUUAUAAAUAUUUUUUAAUAUCAAUUUUGUUUCUGUGGGUUGAAGUUUGCUUUGGCUUUUUUGCUGUCAUGUGGAAACGCUCCCUCACCAUAAACUAAAGAUGGACAACAUGACUGCUCCCCUAAAGUGAAGCCAAAAGAUCUCUAUCACCACUUGCCUCUUCCAUGUUAGGUGAUGGGACUUGAACCUAACUAAAGAAGUCACUUAAACUUUUUUUAAAGAUGGUUUCUAUCAAUUUAAGAUAGUGAAAGAGGUUAAACAUCCUGAUUGACAGCUAAGAAUGACAUGGGAUUGGUCGUGCGCAUGUAUUGAAGGGACCUCACUGUUGCGGUGCCAUCCCCGAUUACUAUUAUUCAGACUCUGACUCCAAAUCUGUAAGAAGAUGGUUUUCCUAUCUCGGAUAUUUUCUCCUCAUUCUUGGAUAGUUGGAAGAAAUAAAAACAGGUCGUCCUGUUACAGUGUCUCUGACCAGGCCGAGGCAGUGACUCCAGACAAUAUUUCAUUUUUUGUUGUUGUUUACCUGCCUGUAUGUUUCAUAUCCUUAACCAGCUGACAUUUCACACAAAUCUGUGAGUAGUCCGAAAACUUUGGAUUCAAUCCAAGUGCGCAGUUUAUCCAUUUGAGUAAAAUCAUUUGAGAUAAGCAAAAUGCAAAGAGUUGCAUAAUGCAGCUUUCUAAAAUAAAGCUUAUCAUUGACCACCAUUCGAGAAGAUAGGUUUUUUUGAUAGUAGCUCUUGGAGAAAGGUUGUGUAAACAGAACGAGGUACUGUAAACGUCUCCACACUGGCAGAAACUUUAUCACAUUGUGACUUUCAUCAGAUAUGUUCAACCUUGCCUUUUUUUAACCUUGUAUGUGACUCUCUCUUUGUUUCCUGGACCUGUUCAGCACUCUGUAAAUAUGCACUUUGUCCGCACUUUUUUUUUUGGUGUAAGAAUGUAAUGAUGUACAGUACAGAUCUGUGUGAAAACCUUGGGUGGGCGUUCAGAGUCAAGGCUGCAGUCCAGUCAGUUUUUGCUUUGUGAAUGGCAGUCGAUGGUUUCUCACAGGAAAACACUGGGACUGUGUGGCAGUGAUCGAAAUCAAAAAAACAAUACCAUGCCUCUGUGUUAUCAUGAGUGUGCCAGUGCUGCCUUGGUGCUCAGGGAUGUGCAUGACAGCCAUGACACAUAGCAAAAAAACACACGCACAAACACACACAGAGUUUUCAUUUCAUGUUACUGCUGCAUCCGCCAAACAUCUUAUUUCACAAGAGCUGAACAACUAAACACCAGGUGCUGUCAUGACACGUUUAAUGCCGCGUGUGUUGCCAAAGUCGUACGUGCCAAAAUACACCAUCUAUUGUAAAACCUGUUUAUAUGUAACUAAUGUGAAAAAUGAAACUUGAUACCAAAGAAAUAAAGUAUUAAUAUGAAA